CAGGAAGCGUCUCAACGUUUGAAUCGCCCCCUGCUGUCUGCGGCCAGGAAGCGUCUCAACGUUUGAAUCUGCUGUCCCCUGAGGAUGGCCUCUGCGCAUGCGCAGCAAAUGUAACAAGAUGGCGGAGAGUGCGGAACUGAAGCAAAUGGUUAUGAGCCUUCGAGUUUCGGAGCUCCAAGUGUUGUUGGGGUAUGCAGGACGGAAUAAGCACGGGCGCAAACACGAACUUUUGACCAAAGCUCUCCACCUACUCAAGGCCGGUUGCAGUCCUGCAGUGCAGAUGAAGAUCAAAGAGCUCUACAGACGACGCUUCCCAACCAAAAUGGUUUCGCCGGUGGACAUGGCUCUGCCCGGUGUUCACUCUGCCUCCAACCUGCCCGCUGGCCUCGCCCAGCUGGGAUUUGACAGCCACGGUUCCCCAUCGCCUCUGCUGCCUGUUUCUUUACUUGGGCCUAAGCAUGAGCUGAGUCUGCCUCACCUCCCCUCUGCCCUGCACCCCGUACACCCUGAUGUCAAGCUCCAGAGAUUGCCAUUCUACGACGUUCUGGAUGAGCUCAUUAAGCCAACCAGCCUGGCCUCAGACAACAGUCAGCGGUUCCAGGAAGCAUGUUAUGCCUUUGCAUUAACACCACAGCAAGUUCAACAGAUCAGCAGCUCCAUGGACAUAUCUGGGACCAAAUGUGACUUUGCUGUUCAAGUUCAGUUAAGAUUUUGUUUAUCAGAGACAAGCUGUCCUCAGGAGGAUCAUUUCCCCCCUAAUCUGUGUGUGAAGGUGAACGGCAAACCCUGUAAUCUCCCGGGAUAUCUUCCUCCAACCAAAAAUGGAGUUGAACCAAAAAGGCCCAGUCGCGCCAUCAACAUCACCUCUCUUGUCCGACUGUCCACCACCGUCCCAAACACUAUUGUGGUGUCAUGGACUUCAGAAAUUGGGAGGAGUUUUUCCAUGGCUGUUUAUCUGGUAAGACAGCAGUCGUCUGCAGUGUUGUUGCAAAGACUACGGGCCAAAGGAAUUAGGAACCCCGACCACUCAAGAGCUCUGAUCAAAGAGAAAUUAACAGCUGAUCCAGAGAGUGAGAUCGCCACCACCAGCCUACGAGUCUCUCUCCUGUGUCCUCUGGGGAAGAUGAGGCUGACAAUCCCUUGCAGAGCGUUGACAUGUUCUCACCUUCAGUGCUUCGAUGCAACACUUUACAUCCAAAUGAAUGAGAAGAAGCCGACCUGGGUUUGUCCUGUCUGUGACAAGAAGGCGCCGUAUGAGCACCUCAUUAUUGACGGGUUGUUCAUGGAAAUCUUGAAUAGCUGUUCUGACUGUGAUGAAAUCCAGUUCAAAGAAGACGGAAACUGGUCCCCCAUGAGGUCGAAGAAAGAGGUGCAGGAGGUGUCUGGUUCGUACAAUGGUGUAGACAGCGAUUCACAGACAGAAACGCACGAGCAUAAACGGGGAUCGUCUAACGACAACAGCAGGAAAGUUGAUGUGAUUGACCUGACACUGGAUAGCUCCUCAGAGGACGAGCUAGAUGAUGAGCCACCUCUUAAAAGGCCCUGUCCCUCGCUGUCACCUGUCUCUCCGCCUCCAAGCAAAGGAGUUUUGAACCUACACAGCCAGGGCUCACCGGUGAGCAGAGCUCCCAGCAUGCCGCCUGUGGACACCAGCUACAUUCCUCCCCCUCCACCUCUCAUCCAGGACUAUCGCCACUAUUAUCACACAACUAGUGACCUGCCAGAUCUAAAUUUCUUCUCCUUCCUCCAAGGCGACAAUCAGCAUUACAACAUGGUGAUGGCCGCCGCAGCCGCUGCGUCAGCGUCGGCCUCGGAGGACCACGACUUGCUCCUCAACCGUUUCCUGCCCUACGGAUCCUCUCAGAUGUUGCGGGAGCAGCCGGGCACCCCGGGGAGCAGCACACUGGCAGCCACCAACGGAGGCAGCAACAGCGGAAGCACCAGCAGCUUGGUGUCGUCCAGCAGUCUGCGGGACCGCGACAAAGACAGAGAGCGAGACAGAGACAGGGACAGCCACUCCAUCUCGGGAUUGUCGAGGUCCUCGGUGGAAGCCGCGGCGGCCAUUUACGGCUCCAUAUCUGACGUUAUCUCUCUUGACUAGAUCCACACAGAAACUGAAAGACAAGGGAGACCUCGAGAACAGGAGUUCUUUGUAAAUAAGGAAGAGGAAGACGAAAGAAUACAGUGCUAUGUACAGAGAGGAAAAUCUAUUUUCAAUUUUACUUAUCAUAUGUAUAUAAACUUAGGACGCUUCUUGUCCGGUGAGUUACUUCAGUUGAUAUUUUUCUGUGAAUACUGAAGACUUUUUCACACCUCUUCAUGUGGUCCUUUGAUUAUAUUGUACCUUUUGUACCUGGUUUUUACAGUUUUGUUUCGAUAUUCCAUGUCAAUGGCAUUAUUUCAGUAUAAUGUUAUGUGCACAGAACCCAAUGAGGUGACACCUUAUGUAACAUGAUAUUUAGAAUAUAAAGAAAAUGGGCAUUGUUAUAGAUGUACAAAAAGGCAAGUCACAGCAAAACAGGAAGAUGUGGAAACACUUUCUUUAUUUUCUAAAUGGCAUCACUUCUGUCAACGCUGUUGUUUUGACAGCAGAAAGAUCUGGCCAUUUUUUUUGCCAUCACUGUAGAGUUUUCUGUAAGACAUUCAUGCUGUGGUCAUAUUGUUUUUAAGGAAUUAUUUAUGAUGUAAGUUAUGUUGGAUGUAUGCUGUUUUUUUUUUUUAAAGAAGCAUUCCUUAUGCCUCUAGGAACUGUUGCCACUAGAAUUGAAAUGCUAGAUCCUUCUGUUGUCAUAACUCUGCACUCUUAUCGCCUGUUUCAGUCAAUCAAAUAUGAACUAUAGAGUUUAUAGUUUAGACUGUACUUAAAAAUAUGAAUUGGGAGUAAGUCAGUAUUGUAAGACCAGGCUUUUUCAGUGUGUGAAUGAAUGGCACUAGUCCAGCAAGCAGCCGCCGCCUUCUUGUGUAUUUUUCUUCUUAAGUUUUUAUUUUGAAUGCUACACUCAAAAAUAUACACAGCGAAGUGGCCGGUCGACAUCUUUCAAGACAAAGCUAGUUUCUGGUCCAUAAGGGGAAAUUUGACAUUUCAUGAUGUAUUUAUGUUUGAUUUUAGCACUUGAUCUUUACAUAAAGGCCGUGCGGAGCAGGGGGACACUUCAACAGUAGUUUUCAGCUUUGCAUGUCUCUGCGGAUUACCUGACAGCUCACCUGUUUGAGUGCUAUGCUGCUCCUCACUGAGGCCACAGGAUGCAUAGCCUUGUUUGUUGUUAAGUGUAUUUGCAGCAGCCUAUAAGAGAACUGUGAUAGCUUCUUAGUCUUUGAGUGUAUCACGACAUGCAUUUUGGCCCAGAAGUCAAAACCAUUGAAGUUCUUAUGGACGCAUCCCCUCCCUUUAUUUUUCUUGACUUGUGCUUACAAUUAGGAUUAUUUAUUAUCAUAUAUAUUUUCAGCAUUUGUUUGAUUCGUGGAUAUGCAUUGCUGUCAUUGUAUGUGAUAUUUUCUUUUGUAAUUAUAUAAUUAAUGCUAUUUAAAGAUGUCAUAGUUGCUUGACAUGCAAAACAUGUAACAUUUUCUGUUUGUUUUACUAUCAGAUGAUGUCAAUAACUCAAUAGAGGCUUUGAUCAUUUUGAACCGCUACAAGGUCUACUGUGCUGUUUGAUAUUUGUAAGAAUUAAACAGAUAUAAGAAAGUGCACAUUUGUAGUUGCUCUGAGGACAGUCCUGAUUCAGCUGCAUGUGUUUUGUUGCAGUAUGUAGUAGUGUUGUCACGAUACUGGACUUUCUAACUUCGAUACAAUACCUUGAAAAAUAUUGAUAUUCUAUACCACGGGGACAAAUUGACACAAUAUUGAGGGCAUAACAUUUUAGAUUUUUAUUAAAAGAUAAACAGC